CACAGCCUCGGCGAGCUUGGCGCGCCGCUCUCGCUCGCGCACAGGUGACGCAGGAGUGUGGACAGUCCAGCCGCCACCAUGGUUGCCCUCUCACUGAAGAUCAGCAUUGGUAAUGUGGUGAAGACGAUGCAGUUCGAGCCCUCCACCAUGGUGUACGAUGCCUGCCGUAUGAUCUGGGAGCAGGUGCCUGAGGCACAGAUGGGACAGCCCAAUGAUUUUGGGCUGUUCCUCUCGGAUGAAGAUCCGAAGAAAGGGAUCUGGCUGGAGGCUGGGAAGGCUCUGGACUACUACAUGCUCCACAAUGGGGACACCAUGGAGUACAAGAAGAAGCAGCGGCCCCUGAAGAUCCGCAUGCUGGAUGGGACAGUGAAAACAGUCAUGGUUGAUGACUCCAAAACUGUCACAGACAUGCUGAUGACAAUAUGCGCCCGAAUCGGCAUUACCAACUACGAUGAGUACUCCCUUGUUCAUGAGAUCAUGGAAGAGAAGAAGGAGGAGGUCACCGGCACCCUCAAGAAGGACAAGACACUGCUGCGGGAUGAGAAGAAGAUGGAGAAGCUCAAGCAGAAGCUGCACAUGGAUGACGAGUUGAACUGGCUGGAUCAUGGCCGGACCCUGCGUGAGCAAGGCAUCGAUGACAACGAGACGCUGCUGCUGCGAUGUAAGUUCUUCUACUCCGACCAGAAUGUGGACUUGCGAGACCCCGUGCAGCUCAACCUGCUCUACGUGCAGGCUCGGGAUGACAUCCUUAAUGGUUCCCACCCCGUCUCGUUCAACAAAGCGUGUGAGUUUGCUGGCUACCAGUGCCAGAUCCAGUUUGGGCCGCACAAUGAGCAGAAGCACAAGCCAGGCUUUCUGGAACUCAAGGACUUCUUGCCCAAAGAGUACAUCAAGCAGAAAGGGGAGUGCAAGAUCUUUAUGGCCCACAAGAACUGCAGGAACAUGAGCGAGAUCGAGGCUAAAGUUCGCUACGUGAAACUUGCCCGUUCCCUCAAGACCUACGGGGUUUCCUUCUUCCUGGUCAAGGAGAAGAUGAAGGGGAAGAACAAGCUGGUGCCGCGGCUGCUGGGGAUCACCAAGAAGUGUGUGAUGCGUGUGGAUGAGAAAACCAAGGAAGUCAUUCAGGAGUGGAGCCUGACCAACAUCAAGCGCUGGGCAGCCUCCCCCAAGAGCUUCACCCUGGAUUUUGGAGAUUAUCAGGAUGGCUACUACUCUGUGCAGACAACGGAGGGAGAGCAGAUUGCCCAGCUGAUCGCCGGCUACAUCAACAUCAUCCUGAAAAAGAAAAAGAGCAAAGACCACUUUGGACUGGAGGGGGAUGAGGAGUCCACCAUGCUGGAAGACUCAGUGUCUCCAAAGAAGUCGACUGUGCUGCAGCAGCAGUUUAACUGUGUAGGCAAGGCGGAGCUGGGCUCAGUCGCCCUGCCAGCCAUCAUGCACACAGGGGCUGGGGAGCCCGAGAACUUCCAAGUGGGGACGAUGCCCCAGGCCCAGCUGCAGAUCACCAGUGGCCAGAUGCACCGAGGGCACAUGCCACCCCUGGCUUCAGCCCAGCAGGUGCUGACAGGCACCAUCAACUCUAGCAUGCAGGCUGUGAACGCAGCCCAGGCCACCCUGGAUGACUUCGAGACCUUGCCACCCCUCGGGCAGGAUGCCGCUUCCAAAGCUUGGCGCAAAAACAAGAUGGAUGAGUCCAAGCAUGAAAUCCACUCCCAGGUGGAUGCUAUCACUGCUGGCACAGCCUCGGUGGUCAACCUCACCGCAGGGGACCCAGCAGAUAUGGACUACACAGCCGUGGGCUGUGCCGUCACCACCAUAUCUUCUAACCUGACUGAGAUGUCCAAGGGUGUGAAGCUGCUGGCUGCACUAAUGGAGGAUGAGGGAGGGAAUGGACAGCAGCUUCUGCAGGCAGCCAAGAACCUGGUCAGUGCCAUCUCAGACUUGCUGAAAACAGCACAGCCUGCCAGCACCGAGGUGCGAGAUGGGCUCCUGCAGGCUGCCGGCCUCGUGGGCCAGACCAGCAGGGAGCUGCUGCAGCAGAUCGGGGAGAGUGACACUGACCCUCGAUUCCAGGACAUGCUCAUGCAGCUGACCAAGGCCGUGGCCAACGCCGCCGCAGCGCUGGUACUCAAAGCCAAGAACAUGGCUCAGAGAACAGAGGAUGCGCUGCAGGCGCAGGUGAUCACAGCUGCUACGCAGUGCGCCCUCUCUACCUCCCAGCUGGUGGCCUGUACCAAGGUUGUGGCUCCCACCAUCAGCUCCCCAGUGUGCCAGGAGCAGCUGAUCGAGGCCGGCAAGUUGGUGGCUAAGUCAGCAGAGGGCUGUGUGGAGGCCUCCAAGGCAGCCACCAGUGAUGACCAGCUGCUGAAGCAGGUGGGGGUGGCAGCCACCACUGUCACCCAGGCCCUAAAUGACCUGCUGCAGCACAUCAAGCAGCACGCCACAGGCGGGCAGCCCAUUGGGCGCUACGACCAGGCCACCGACACCAUCCUCAAUGUCACCGAGAACAUAUUCAGCUCCAUGGGCGAUGCAGGGGAAAUGGUGCGGCAGGCUCAUAUUCUGGCUCAGGCCACCUCCGACCUUGUCAACGCCAUCAAAGCUGACGCAGAGGGAGAGACAGACCUGGAGAACUCGCGCAAGCUGCUGAGCGCAGCCAAGAUCCUGGCUGACGCCACUGCCAAGAUGGUGGAGGCUGCAAAGGGAGCUGCAGCCCACCCGGACAGUGAGGAGCAGCAGCAGCGGCUGCGGGAGGCAGCAGAGGGGCUCCGCAUGGCCACCAAUGCUGCAGCUCAGAAUGCCAUCAAGAAGAAGCUGGUGCACAAGCUGGAGCAUGCAUCCAAGCAAGCGGCUGCCUCCGCCACCCAGACCAUCGCUGCCGCACAGCACGCUGCUGCCUCCAACAAGAACCCUGCCGUGCAGCAGCAGCUGGUGCAGAGCUGCAAGGUGGUGGCGGAUCAGAUCCCCACGCUGGUGCAGGGCGUGCGAGGAAGCCAGUCACAGCCGGACAGCCCCAGCGCCCAGCUGGCUCUCAUCACCGCCAGCCAGAACUUCCUGCAGCCUGGUGGGAAGAUGGUAGCCGCAGCCAAGGCCACAGUGCCCACCAUCACCGACCAGGCCUCUACUAUGCAGCUCAGCCAGUGUGGCAAGAACCUGGCUGCGGCCCUGGCCGAGCUCCGCACGGCCGCACAGAAGGCACAGGAGGCCUGCGGGCCCCUGGAGAUCGACUCAGCGCUGGGCCUGGUGCAGAGCCUGGAGAGGGACCUUCAAGAGGCCAAGGCAGCCACCAGGGAUAGCAAGCUCAAGCCUCUGCCGGGAGAGACAAUGGAGAAGUGCGCCCAGGACCUGGGGAACAGCACCAAGGCCAUCACCUCUGCCAUUGCUCACCUCCUGGGCGAGGUGGCCCAGGGCAACGAGAACUACACCGGCAUUGCUGCCCGGGAAGUGGCCCAGGCACUGCGCUCGCUCAGCCAGGCUGCCCAUGGUGUGGCGGCCAACACCUCCGACCCACAGGCGCAGGAUGCCAUUCUGGAGUGUGCCAGCGACGUCAUGGAUAAGGCCAACAAACUCAUCGAGGAGGUGCGAAAAGCGGUGGCUAAACCCAGAGACCCCGACAGCCAGCAGUGCCUGGUUCAGGUGGCCAAGGCAGUGUCGCAAGCGCUGAACCGCUGUGUGAACUGCCUGCCCGGGCAGCGGGACGUGGAUGCUGCCAUUCGCAUGGUGGGAGAGGCAAGCAAGAGGCUGCUGGUGGAUUCGUUCCCUCACAGCACCAAGACCUUCCAGGAGGCGCAGAGCCAGCUGAACCGGGCAGCAGCAGGACUCAACCAGUCUGCCAACGAGCUGGUGCAGGCAUCACAGGGCACCCCCCAGGACCUGGCCAAGUCCUCAGGCAAAUUUGGACAGGACUUCAAUGAGUUCCUGCAGGCAGGAGUGGAGAUGGCCAGCCUGCGCCCGAACAAGGAAGACCAGGUGCAGGUGGUGUCAAACUUGAAGAGCAUCUCCAUGUCCUCCAGCAAGCUGCUACUGGCAGCAAAGGUGCUUUCUGCUGACCCUGCAGCCCCCAACCUCAAGAAUCAGCUGACAGCAGCUGCACAGGCCGUGACUGACAGCAUUAAUCAGCUGAUCACCAUGUGCACCCAGCAGGUGCCAGGACAGAAAGAGUGUGACAAUGCCCUGAGGGAGUUGGAGAUGGUGAAGGAGCUGUUGGAGAACCCCACCCAGGCUGUCAAUGACAUGUCCUACUUCAACUGCCUGGACAGCGUCAUGGAGAACUCCAAGGUGCUGGGCGAGUCCAUGGCUGGCAUCUCCCAGAACGCCAAAAACAGCAAACUGCCCAAGUUCGGGGAGUCCAUCAGCACCGCCUCCAAAGCUCUUGGGCUCACAGAGGCAGUAGCCCAGGCUGCCUACCUGGUGGGAGUUUCUGAUCCCAACAGCCAGGCUGGACAGCAGGGCUUGGUAGACCCCACUCAGUUUGCCAGAGCUAACCAAGCCAUCCAGAUGGCCUGCCAGAACCUGGUGGACCCUGCCUGCACACAGUCACAGGUGCUGUCAGCAGCCACCAUUGUGGCUAAGCACACGUCGGCCCUGUGCAACACAUGCCGCCUGGCCUCCUCCCGCACCGCCAACCCCGUUGCCAAGCGGCAGUUUGUCCAGUCGGCCAAGGAGGUGGCCAACAGCACCGCCAACCUGGUGAAGACCAUCAAGGCCCUGGACAGCACCUUCAACGAGGAGAACUGGAAGCGGUGCCAUGCGGCCACGGCUCCUCUGAUAGAGGCUGUGGACAACCUAACAGCCUUUGCAUCCAACCCGCAGUUUGCCACUGUUCCUGCCCAGAUCAGUCCUGAGGGAUGCAGAACCAUGGAGCCCAUCAUCUCGUCCGCCAAGACCACUGAGAGCUCUGCCAGCCUCAUUCAGACUGCCCACUCCCUGACCAUCAACCCCAAGGACCCACUGCAGUGGUCGGUGCUGGCCAGCCACUCCCACACCAUCUCGGACUCCAUCAAGAAGCUGAUCACCAACAUGAGGCAAGGGAUGGGAUGGAAGGUUGUCCUGGUUUCAUACCUUGUGGAGCCGAGCGAAGGACCUCACUAG